ACAAUCUGCCGCCAUCCGAGGAGUUGAAGGGGCCAAGAGCUCUCAGAACCAGUCUUAUGAACUGACGUAGGGGUGAGGGGCACAGGAGGGAGGCUGGUAGUAAGCAAGUCCCCUUCUUUUAGCUGUGGUAACCUCUCGAUCCUGGCGGCCUCUCCGAAGCCGCACUCAGAAUGGUCCAACGUUUGACAUACCGUCGCAGGCUUUCCUAUAAUACAGCCUCUAACAAAACUAGGCUGUCCCGAACACCUGGUAAUAGGAUUGUUUACCUAUAUACCAAGAAGGUUGGGAAAGCACCAAAGUCUGCAUGCGGUGUGUGCCCAGGCAGACUUCGAGGGGUUCGUGCUGUGAGACCUAAAGUUCUUAUGAGGUUGUCCAAAACAAAAAAACAUGUCAGCCGGGCCUAUGGUGGUUCCAUGUGUGCAAAAUGUGUUCGUGACAGGAUCAAGCGUGCUUUUCUUAUCGAGGAGCAGAAAAUCGUCGUGAAAGUGUUGAAGGCACAAGCACAGAGUCAGAAAGCAAAAUAAAGAAAUGAAGCUUUUUUUCUGUAAUAAAAAUUAAAAGCUGU